UCAAAACCCAAUUUUUUUUUUCUUUUUCCUGACAAAUAUUUGGAGUUUUCCAAAUCCCAAAUCAAAAUCAUCAAACAGACAUCCUAAAAAUAUACAAAAAACUCCUAUGUAAUUCCAUAGAUUUGUUGAAAGAGAGGAAGAAAAAUGUUGAAGAGUUUGAGUUUGAGUUGGGCCUUCAAUUCAAUGGCUUGGAGAGGAUUGGUCUACACAUUUUUUAUACUCCAUUUUGUAUUGUUUUGUCAGAUUCUGUUUCUUCAGCCUCUCGUUUCUGCUUUGGAUGGAAAGCCGGGAAAUGCCGCUGAGUUAUUUGAGAGAGUUUCACGGAGUAUAAAAGUGAAGCGCUACAGUGAAGCACUCAAUGAUCUUAAUGCUGCUAUUGAGGCAGAUCCAGCACUUUCAGAAGCAUAUUCUCGCCGUGCAUCCAUUCUGCGUCAGCUAUGCCGAUAUGAGGAAUCUGAGAAAAGCUACAAAAAGUUUCUGGAACUAAAACCUGGAAAUUCAGCUGCUGAAAAGGAACUGUCUCAAUUGCAUCACGCUCAAAGUGCUUUGGAAAUAGCUGUCAAUCUCUUUGACUCUGAAGACUAUACAAAAGCUUUGGAAUACGUGGACAAAGUUGUACUAGUUUUUUCUCCAGCAUGCUCUAAGGCUAAGCUCCUCAAAAUGAAGUUGCUGUUAGCAGCUAAAGACUAUUCUAGUGCUAUAUCAGAGACUGGGUUUAUUCUCAAGGAAGAUGAGAACAAUCUUGAGGCCUUACUCCUUCGUGGUCGUGCAUACUACUAUUUAGCAGAUCAUGAUGUUGCUCAAAGGCAUUACCAGAAAGGUCUCCGCCUUGAUCCAGAGCACAGUGAACUGAAGAAAGCAUAUUUUGGAUUGAAAAAUUUACUGAAGAAGACUAAAAGUGCGGAAGAUAAUGUAAGCAAGGGUAAGUUGCGCCUUGCAGUUGAGGACUACAAAGGAGCGCUUGCAUUGGACCCCAAUCAUCUUACUCAUAAUGUGCAUCUUCACCUUGGAUUGUGUAAGGUCUUGGUUAAGCUUGGCAGAGGGAAGGAUGCUUUAAGUAGUUGCUCUGAGGCCCUUAACAUUGAUGGGGAACUUCUUGAAGCUUUAGUACAGAGGGGUGAGGCUAAACUUUUAGCAGAGGACUGGGAAGGUGCUGUGGAAGAUCUGAAAUCAGCAGCUCAAAAAUCACCUCAGGAUAUGAAUAUCCAUGAAGCACUUAUGAGGGCUGAGAAAGCUUUGAAGGUGAGCAAACGCAAAGACUGGUACAAAAUCUUGGGAGUUUCAAAGACUGCUUCAGUUGCUGAAAUAAAACGUGCAUACAAGAAGCUUGCUUUGCAAUGGCACCCUGAUAAGAAUGUUGAUAAUAGAGAAGAAGCUGAGGCACAAUUCCAAGAUAUUGCUGCAGCAUAUGAGGUUCUUGGGGAUGAGGAAAAGAGAUCAAGAUAUGACAGAGGAGAAGAUAUUGAAGACAUGGGUAUGGGAGGUGGUGGUUUCAAUCCAUUUGGUGGUGGUGGGGGACAGCAUUUCACAUUUACAUUUGAUGGAGGGUUUCCAGGAGGCUUUGGAGGAGGGUUUCCAGGUGGUGGUGGAUUUGGUUUUAACUUUUGAUACCUUCACAAAAUGGUUAUAAGAUUGCAUUUUUCAAUCUUGACCCCUAACACCAAUAUGACUAGGCCUGACAUCUUUUGGCAGUAUGUAACUUACACCACUAGAAGUGGCUUCUUACAUUAGCAAUGUAUCCCGUUCACAAAGUUUUGCUCCAUUUAAUUCAUUUUAAAAUUUGUAUCAAACUUGAUGAUAGGAAAUUGAAGAGCUUCAAUUUAGUUAUAUGUUGAGUCUUUCUUUAUGGGUUCACUUUGGAACCUUAUUUCUCAAUAAAGUUUAUAUCUUUCCCACCAAAUCUCCGAAUGAAAUUAAUAUAUGUUACGUAUUAAAUGAUAGGCUGAUUUCUUUGUUUAAUUAGUUUAAUUAGUUGUUUCAGGAUCCCAUCUGACUUUUAGUAAUAUGAUCUGCUUUGUUGUUGAGCCCUUCUUUUGAGUAGCAGAGGCCAUUACCCUGUUUCCUAGUGGCUAGUGUAUUGAAGAACCAUAACUUCUAUGGAUAGGGUAGGACAAGUCAACCAAUUGGCUACAUUCCAAUCGUUGUAAGACUGAGGCUGCAACGAGCU